AUGCUCAAUUUGCCUGUCAUCCAAAACGUGGAAGGACGUCCAGGGACCAUGAAUGUCAAUGGUGAAUUUGAUAUCUCUCUGCAUGAAAUCAUCGCCGUUAUUAGAGCACAUAAGGAGGAUCUUGAGCAUCGCUUGUAUUCUCGCAUCAUGAUGAAUGCAGGUUCAACAGAGUUGAUCCCACCCAUUAAUAGCGUUCGCAAAUUCCAUAAUAAUUUGACAGGUGGCAAAGAUUACAGCUUCCUUGAUGAUGGUCGUAACCAUGCCUUAUCGAAUGAUGACAACAAGUUUAUGCUUUUCGGGCAUGUUAUCCGUGAUGAUGAAUUGCGAGGUAAUUGGAUCCAACCUGCUACCGAUGAUAGCCCAAUCAGACUCAAUCGCUCCACUGCUCAAGACUGGUUGCGUGAUGCGGGUAAAUGGUGCGUUGACCUAUGCACACUUUUGCAUAUGGUGUGUGGUCAACCAGCUCGUGGAUCAGAGUUUGCCAUGACCAACAUUCGAGAAAAAGCAGGAGGUGCUUCACGAGGUGUCAUGUGGCUCAAGGACACCGUGGCUCUCAUACAAACAUACAACAAGACACGAACAAUCACAAACAAUGAAAGCUUGAUCGUUCGCUUUUGCCCUCGCAGCGUAGCUGAGAUUGUCUUGCAGUAUCUCGUGUAUGUUCGCCCCAUGGAAAAGGUUGUAACUACAUUGUUGCUUGAUGAUGACGAUGAGCUUAAACGACGUAUCGAGGUGCUCAAUUACAACCUUUUCGUCAACAAUGGCAAGGUGGUGACCACCAAAGAAAUCACCAGCAGCUUGGGUCGAUUGAUGGAAAAGCACACACGUCCUGAUGUAAAUAUUGGUGUAAACAGAUGGAUCCAUAUUUGCACGUGUUUGAUUAAAGGCGUGUUGAAGGAAGGCCAUGCAUUGGAACGUAGCUUGAUUUUGCAUGAGAACAAUGCUAAUGAUGAUGAUGGUGAUGAUGAGGAGGAUGAAAAUGAAAACGUUACCCCGGUCAUGUAUGCAAUGUCAAUGGGUCAACAUCAGCUUUUGACAAGUGCGUAUGCACAACAAGGUCACUCGAGUCGCACUGCUGAAUCGAUUUAUGGUCGUAAAUCAGGAACCUCUCUUCAGGUACCUGAUGAUGAGUUUGAGCGCUAUUACUUUACUUCCGUUUUAUGGCAUCAUAUCAUCGGCUUGUUAAAGGCGCCACAUACCGUGUUACAAGAUGAUGAUGAUAAUGAUAAUGAUGCCAAUGUUGAUGCUGAUGCACCACGUGCUGCGAGUGACAUUAACCGUAUUUGUGCCGAUGCUAUUGCUGCAAAGGCAUCAACACAAAUCUUGUCAUUUUUGCAUCCUGUUUUUCGUGACAUGCAGCAAACCAUGGAUACUUUGGCCGCAGGUUUACAUUUACAGAAAAGUAUUAAUGAAAGCAAUCAGGCCAUGUUUAAAAAGCUCAUCGCCAUGCUGAUGCUGUAG